GUUUAUUCUUGUUCAAGCUUUGACACAGUCAACAUGAUAAAACUGUUGUUGCUGCUGACCGCCGUUGUUUUUGCCUUAAGUGCGCCGCCUUCGUUCAGAGAGAAGAAAAACAAAACCAAGUACGAUUUCGAGCAAUUCGAUACGGUGUACGAUCAAAGACAAAACGGCACUGAAAAUUACAAAAUUAACGUUAACGGGGUGGUGCUGGUGUAUGCGCCCCCUCAAAGUUUGCUCCAAGCUGCUAUGAUGCUGGACCCAGCACUUUUUGAAGGUGAAUACCCUGAUGUAGGUGAGCUGUUGGGAAACAACCAUGAAAAACCAGCGGAAAUAUUUGUAAUUAAGCCUGAUAAACCCAGUACUACCACAACAAUAAAUCCUGUCACUACCACGACCACAGAAAAGCGCAAAACCACAACAACUGAGGCAUCCAGUGAGAUUACUCUAAAAGAAAAGCACGAAAAAAGGUCUUUCAAAGUUUAAAUUUAGUUUUUUUGUUUUUAUUUUUUAUUUUUUCAGGAAAUUUCGGUUACCAAGUUUUAUGAGACCCUUUAUGACCAAAUUAAAUUAAAUCAAUAA